AUGCCCACUCCCCUCUAUUCAACAGAAGAUGCCAGUACCAUGUCGACCACUAUAGAGAUUACUUCCAAGCCCGAGCUCUCCUCUUAUAUAGAAUCAACCUCACCAUCCACACUCCUUGUCCUCCAUUUCUAUACUCCAUGGACAUCAUAUACAACAAAACUGGGUCCUCUACUAUCCUCCCUCGCUUCGCAAUGCCCCGCAACCACCCCACCAGCAAUCAGAUUCCUGAACAUCAACGCCAAAAAGCUCCUAGAAAUCGCAAAAGAAUACGGAAUCUCCAAAGCCCCCUGCAUUCUGUUCCUGCGUAGUGGCGAGGUCCUUGAGUCGAUCAAAGAAACCAAUCUCACAGUAAUCAACAGUGCUAUACAACGAUAUAGCGGCGUCAAUACCUCUCUGGUUCCUGCCACUCCAGCAAAGCCGGCUCUGUCACCCGAGCAGCUAGCAACUGUUUUGAUAUCAUGUCACUUUAGCCGACGGCUUGUUGCAAGUCUGAACGAAGGUGGUAUUGAAUACUGGUCCUUUAAUAUCUUGACGGAUGAUGAUGUUCGAGAGGGAUUGAAGGAAUUUGGAGACUCGCCUACCUAUCCCCAGCUAUGGGUUGAUGGCGAGAUGGUUGGUGGGUUGGAUGUUGUCCAGGAGAGGAUGAGUACCGACCCCGAGGUUCUGAGUCAGUAUAAGAUUGGAUCCGCCCAAGAGUCUUCAUAA